AUGGCUAUCACUAAAGUUUUUGCUCGUUCAAUCUACGAUUCUCGUGGUAAUCCAACUGUUGAAGUUGAUUUACACACUGGUAAAGGAUUAUUCAGAGCCAUUGUUCCAUCUGGUGCUUCUACUGGUGUUCACGAAGCUUUAGAAUUGAGAGAUGGUGACAAAUCAAGAUGGUUAGGUAAAGGUGUUCUUAAAGCCGUUGCUAACGUUAAUGAAAUCAUUGCUCCAGCUUUAGUUAAAGAAAACGUUGAUGUUACUGACCAAGUUGCCGUUGAUGCUUUCUUAAAUAAAUUAGAUGGUACUCCAAACAAAUCUAAAUUAGGUGCUAAUGCUAUUUUAGGUGUUUCUUUAGCUGCUGCUAAAGCUGCUGCUGCUGAAAAAAAUGUUCCAUUAUACCAACAUUUUGCUGAUCUUUCUGGUUCUAAACAAGAUAAAUUUGUUUUACCAGUUCCAUUCCAAAAUGUCUUGAACGGUGGUUCUCACGCUGGUGGUGCUUUAGCUUUCCAAGAAUUUAUGAUUGUUCCAACUCAAGCCCCAACUUUCUCUGAAGGUUUAAGAAUUGGUUCUGAAGUUUACCACAACUUGAAAUCUUUAGCUAAAAAACAAUACGGUCAAUCCGCCGGUAAUGUUGGUGAUGAAGGUGGUGUUGCUCCAGAUAUUUCUACUCCAAAAGAAGCUCUCGACUUGAUUGUUGCUGCCAUUGAAAAAGCCGGUUACACUGGUCAAGUUGGUAUUGCUUUAGAUGUUGCUUCUUCUGAAUUUUACAAAGAUGGUAAAUACGAUUUAGAUUUCAAAAAUCCAAACUCUGAUAAAUCUAAAUGGUUAUCUGGUGAAGAAUUAGCUAACUUAUACGAAAAAUUGAUUGCUGAAUAUCCAAUUGUUUCUAUUGAAGAUCCAUUUGCUGAAGAUGAUUGGGAAGCUUGGUCUCUUUUCUACGCUAAAGCUGCUAGUAAAAUCCAAAUUGUUGGUGAUGAUUUAACCGUUACUAACCCAUUAAGAAUUAAAACCGCCAUUGAAAAGAAAUGUGCUAAUGCUCUUUUAUUAAAAGUUAACCAAAUCGGUACUUUAUCUGAAUCCAUUAACGCUGCUAACGACUCUUAUAACGCUGGUUGGGGUGUCAUGGUUUCCCACAGAUCUGGUGAAACUGAAGAUACCACCAUUGCUGAUUUAGCCGUUGGUUUAAGAUCCGGUCAAAUCAAAACCGGUGCUCCAGCCAGAUCCGAAAGAUUAGCUAAAUUAAACCAAAUCUUAAGAAUUGAAGAAGAAUUAGGUGAUAAAGCUAUCUACGCCGGUAAAGAUUUCCACAAAUCUCACUCUUUAUAA